GUUACCAAAGACUCCACACUCUGAGACAAGAGGACAAGAACAGCAGAGAAGUGAACUCAUCUCAGGCCAUACAAAAUUCUCUGGAAGCUCCACAGGAUAGAACAGAGAUCAAUAAGGAGAAUUAGAACGACACGCACACAAAAAAUAACGAUCAAGCUCUUAGUGUUUAGGUGUGUGUUUGUGUCCCGUUGCUGCUAUGUGCAGGGUAUUGAUUCUGUCCGUGCUCCUGCUGUCACUGAGCUGGUGCAGAUGUGCCGUCAUCACAGGGGCAUGUGACAGGGAUGUGCAGUGUGGUGUGGGUCUGUGCUGUGCUGUAAGUCUGUGGCUCAGAGGCCUGCGUAUGUGCACACCCCAGGGGCUGGAAGGAGACGAAUGCCACCCGUACAGCCACAAGGUUCCUUUCCCUGGCAAGAGACAACAUCACACUUGCCCCUGCCUGCCACAUCUGGUUUGCACCAGGUACAGCGACAACAGAUAUCGCUGUACCAGCGACUUCAAAAGCAUAGACUUUUAACACUGCGAAGAGUGUGAGAAAGAGACAAA